AUGUCAGGCUCAUCAACUUCACCACCUCUUGCACCAGCGGUGGGCGCACCAUCUGAUUUUGCACUUUAUCUAAUUCAAGAGCGUGCCAAAUCAGUACCAAUGGCCACGUAUGAUCUUAACAACAGCAUUCGUAUCUGGCUUCGUCAGUUUGAACAGCAAGCUCGCAUUCAUGGGGUUAUCUCUAUGGAUAGUUGCACAACUCACUUGACUCGUUACAUGCCACUAGUUAUUCAGCAAUGGAUUCCCACACUUGCACCAAGUAUCGUUUCAUCCUGGGACCUACUAAAAGAGGCUCUCAUUACUCGUUUUGGUAUCCCGGAGGAGGAAGACAACCGACUUCUCCUGAAACAACUGAAG